GUACUUUUUCUGUAACUGAAAUAUCCUCUCGUUAGGCCCAGAUACCAAUGGCGCAGAUGGACGAUAUACCCACUUUUAAGUUGGUUCUUGUUGGAGACGGUGGUGUGGGUAAGACUACAUUUGUCAAGCGUCACAAGACUGGAGAGUUUGAAAAGAAAUAUGUUGCUACUUUGGGAGUUGAGGUCCACCCUUUAGUUUUUCACACAAGUAGAGGGCCCAUAAAGUUCAAUGUUUGGGACACUGCUGGUCAAGAAAAAUUUGGAGGCCUUCGAGAUGGUUAUUACAUUCAAGGUCAGUGUGCCAUUAUCAUGUUUGAUGUCACAUCUCGCGUCACAUACAAAAAUGUUCCCAACUGGCACAGAGACUUGGUCAGAGUCUGUGAAAACAUACCUAUUGUGCUCUGUGGUAACAAAGUGGAUAUUAAAGACAGGAAAGUCAAAGCCAAAACAAUCGUUUUCCAUAGGAAGAAGAACUUGCAGUACUAUGACAUCAGUGCAAAGAGUAAUUACAACUUUGAGAAACCCUUCUUGUGGUUGGCAAGGAAAUUGGUAGGAGACCCCAAUCUGGAGUUUGUUGAAAUGCCUGCUCUCAUCCCACCAGAAGUCCAGAUGGAUGCUGCUCUUGCUCGUAAAUAUGAAGAUGAAUUGAGGGUGGCACAAGAAACAGCCCUGCCUGAUGAUGAAGAAGAUCUUUAAACAAACUUGUUGCCUGUUUAUACGGUUAGGAUUGCCCACUGUUUUAAGUUGCAACUCUGUUGACUGGCCGAUUUAUUUCAGUUUAUUCCUGGGAGAUUUAUAGUACUAUUGCACUUGGAAUGUUGUAUAGAAUUGACUGUUUUUAAGACUCAAGUAAAUUAAACACAGGAAUAUUGA